GUCUAAAUACACUAAAGGAUUAGAAUUUGGGGAGGAAAUUUUAUUUUAACCAAAUUUUAAUUUGUGUGCCCAAUUUUUUUAAUCUGGUGCAGAUCGUUGUUUGGCUAUGUCGCUGGUGGAUUAUGCAGCCUCUUCAGAUGAAGACGAUCCCGAAACCCUUGCUCGCGAAGAAGAAACCGAACAACUGAAAGAAAACUCACAAAAACGACGCAGUUUUGGGGUUACCUCCGCCGAACCCUCAUCGGCGGCGCCUCCAAACGAAGACUCAGUUCGCGCACAAAAUAGGAUGCAAAAUUCGAGAAAGCAAGUGGUGACGGUUUCUAAUCAGCCUUCUGUGAUGAAACUUCCGGAUGCUUCUUUCCUCUUGAAUUCGCCAGCUGUGCCGCCAGCUCAUCUACUGAAUCCGAUGGACCACUCGUCUCGAGUAGCAGCUGCUAUGGCGGAAGGUGCGGCACGGAAGAGAGACUUACCAUCUGCUAAUUACCCUCGUAGGAAAGUUCCGAAAGGGACAUUGCCUCACCCGAAGAAUGUUCCGGAUACUGUGGGCGGUCGUUUGGUGCCACCUCAGCUGGCUGGAAGGAGCAAUGUAGUAACUGAAGACAUAACGAAGCUCUUUGUGAGAAAGCAGACCAAUUCAUCGACAGAAUAGGCGUACAAUUUGCUGAUAAUCUUGCAAGUAGAAUUUAGUAACAAGUUACUCAGAUGAUCUAUUUUACUGUAGGUUCAGGUUCAGGUUGGGUAAAGAAAAUUAUCGAAUACAAGUCCAGUGUUUACGUUUUUCGACUGUGUAUUUAGACGUGCAAACUCUGCUGUUUAUUAUCAGAAAAAAUCCGUUGGGAU